UAAAGCAAAAUGCGAUGAGUCUCCUUUCACGAAACAGUUGAAAUGUUUUCGUAAGUUCUAUAACUUUGAAAAAGAGGUUGGGUUGUAAAUAUCAUAAUCAAAAUAGGUGAAAUAGUAUUCACAAGUUACGGACAAAUCAUAUUUGCUAACUAUACUUAGCCGGAAGGUACUGAUAAGAUGUAUAUAAGCAAACAGUGGCGUAAUUAUCGUAUAGGGAUAAGUGGGGCAAUGCCCCAGGGCCCUCGAGCCUCGAGUCCUUACAGAAAUUCUUGGUCAAACUGAACUUUCCAAAAUUUCCCCCAUUUUCAAAUCAUAUUAUGACGGACUUAACGAGUCAUCGCGUUUUUUUUUUAGUUAUGUUAUUUGCCUCAGGGGCUAGGGCCCUCACUUAUCUAGCUACGCCACUGUCAGCGACUUGUGUUGCAUGGAAAUAUCUCAUUGCGGUGUUUCUCGGAGUUGUUAUUUACAGUGAAUGGUUCGUUUAUGUUGUUCAACCACUUUUCUGGAACACCAUAGAAUGUGAAGUGAAGCAGAAUUGCAUUAAAAUACUAUUUGUUGCGGACCCGCAAAUACAGGGUGAUGAGGCGGUAGCUCCUCCGUUUAGGCAUCUGGUCAAUUGGGACAGCGACAGAUAUUUGAGAUCUACAUAUUCAGUAGUUGAGAAGCACUUCAAACCUGAUGUAGUGGUGUUUUUAGGAGACCUAAUGGAUGAAGGCAGUAUAUCUACCACGACACAGUUUAAUAGUUACGUUCAAAGAUUAGCAAACAUAUUUGACCCAUAUUAUCCUGUCGUUCAAAUCUGGAUACCAGGUGACAACGAUAUAGGUGGUGAAAACGAGCCAAUAAAACAGGACAAGAUGACGGAAUUCAACAGAGUAUACUCGCAGCCCUCUGUCAUAGCGUACCAAAAUGUCUCGUUCUACAAAGUCAGCUCCAUUAGAUAUGCUAUCCCAGAACCUCUUGACGAAGAUCUGAACUAUAAGAUUGCGAUAUCACAUUACCCUGUCCUUAGGAACUCCUUUUAUGCGAAACAGGUCAUAAAUUCAAUACAUCCAGACGUAUUUUUCUGUGCUCACGAACACAAAUCAAAAUAUGUGAAACAAGGACGUGACUUUCGAAAUAUGCAGACAUAUCUACUGCAAUACAAUGAUACUGUUCUGACUAUCCCACUAAAAGAUAGUGAAGAAAUGUAUGAGAUUUAUGUACCAACAUGUUCUUACAGAAUGGGCACCAAUCAGAUUGGUUUUGGUGCAGCUAUCGUAGAUAAAAACCAGCAGCAUUUGAAGUACACAGUGUUUUGGUCCACGGGAAGAUUUCCAUAUUUAAAGAUUUAUUUAUUUUUUCUUAUCAUCAUACUCAUUUAUACAUUGUUGUGUUGUUCUUUGAGGGUAUUAGCAAAAUUCUCGCAUGUUGUUGUUAAGACGGAAGAUAUGAAACACUUACUAGAAAGGCCCUAGAUUAUUCUCUUUAAUAUUUGACGUUAGAAUCUUUAACCAGUGACCGGUGUUAUACAUAUUAGGGUGCUUUUCUACCAAUAUUGUAUGAGGAUGUGUAGCGAGGAAUGUGUUUGUAAAGUACCAAUCAUAUCGUUUUAUUUAGUUUGAGUGAGUUUAGCGUUCGAACAUAUCUUCGCACAUUAUUGGUGGGAAAAGCACCCUUAAUGGGCGGUGGUGACCACUUAACACUAGCCUGCCAAUCUGUUCCUUAACCAUACCAAAGUACCAAAUCAAUAAAAAAUACAGAAAAUA